UCUAUAAGAAUUAUACAUCAAUGAGAAAAGAUAGAUGUAUCAGAAGUUCUGAUGCAGCGGCUGUAUGUGAACACUGCUCAGGAAGAAAUAGGAAAGCUGGAGGGGAUUUUGGGGGGCGUACUGUUUUUAUUCUUGGCGCCCAAGAUUUGAGAACAAAACCCCUACAAACUCUUUCGAACUUCAUUUGCGAAGCCGAUCUAAUCCUACGCACCCCCUCCCCCGCUAUCGUACGCACCCCUGCCUCCUCCAGGUCGGCCAUGGCCGCUCUGGUAAGCACUGAUGCCUGCAAGACGAAGAAGAGGAAGAGGAAAAAGGAGAGAGAAAGAAAGCUUCUUUGUGGAGAGAAGGUCGAGGUACGACAAUUUGAGGAUGGACUGAAAGGGUCAUGGUCAACAGGAGUUGUCAUCAGAUGUGAAAGAUUAGUCCGCCAUGUUGAAUAUACUGAUCUUCUCAGCGAAAAUGGCUCUUCAAAACUCAUAGAAUUAAUUUCUGUUUCACCUGUUGUUGAAGGCAUGGUCACUGUUUGUAGGACCCCAAAAACUUUCCGAGGCCACAUAAGACCUUUGCCUCCUCAUUCUAACAUCCAGCAAUCCAGACUUAGUUAUGGACUUUGUGUUGAUGCUUUUGUCAAUGAUGCAUGGUGGGAAGGAGUUGUUUUCGAUCAUGAAGAAGGUGCCGGGGAAAGGUUGGUUUUUUUCCCCGACGAAGGUGAUCAACUAAGGAUCAACGUUGAUCACUUGCGUCUUUCCCAAGAUUGGGAUGAGGUUUUGGGAGGUUGGAGACAUCGUGGUGACUGGUUGUUUCUUGGGUUUAUUAAGAAAAUAGAGCAGGAGGGAUCAUUACCUGUUUCAGUCAGGCAAAUUUGGUACGAUAUGAGGGCCAAUGUUUGUCUCAGAAGCAGAAGUUUGGAGUGGACUUGCAGAGAGACAUGUGUGUGGGAAAAGUUGGUGCUGGAAGCUGUUCAGGAGAAUGUGCAUGCUGCUGCUGGGCAACCUUUUCCUGCGUCAGAUUUUGUGGCCAAAAAGAAAUUGGCUGCGUGCAAGACUAGAAGGAAGACUGGUGAAUCACUAAUUUUGGUUAGUGGGGCAGAUUUGGGAGUCCAAAUGGAUGAGUACAGUCCACCGAUGUUAGUUGGAUCUAAUGUGGCCGAAGAAGAUUUGGCUGUCCGGAAGAGUAAACGGAGGAAAAUAAGCAAAUCACGAAAUUCCAUAAGUGAGGCAGAUUCGGAAUUCCAAAUAGAGGAGUGUCCACAGAUCUUAGAUGAAUGUAUUGAUCAAGACAAGCAAAUAUGCCAACCUGUUUUGGCUCUCCCUUCUGAACUGAAUGCUGUUGCUCUUGAACCUGCUUUGGAUAUUGGAUCAGAGGAUUCUAUUGAUCUUCACAAGGAGGAUGAUCAGGAGAACCUGUCUGGACCUAGAGGGUCUGAUCUCGUGGCUGAUGACUUCAUAUCUGAAGAGGAUUUGACUACUCGUGUGAGUGAAAGAAGGAAAACCUGUAUGGUGCAAUCUUCAGCAAGCAGGUCAGUUUUGAGAGACCAAAUUGAAGAUUAUGGUGUACAGCAUACAUUGGACCGGUCUGAAGAAUGUGUUGGUCAAGAGAACCAUUUACGCCAGCAUGGUUUGGCAUUUCCUUCUGUACCAAAUACUGCUGCACUUGAACCCUCUCAGAAUAUUAGAUUGGAGGGUUUGAUUGAUGUUCACAAUCCUAGCGCCAAUGCUUGUGGCUCUCAUUUUCACAGGGAUUUUUCUACACGUAGCCAAGGUAUUUCACCUUUACCUUCGGAUCUAGACCCCCAAACUCCCAAACCUAAAGCACCAUCAGAUUCUAUUUCUCCAUAUGGUGAUAAUCAUUGUGUCCAGCCGCAUUUGGUACCAGGUGACAGUGCAAGAUUGGAAGCCAAAAUGCAACCUUUGGCCACCAGUUGGGUGUUAGGCAAUGGUCCAACUGAUAUUAACUGUCAGCAUAAUGUUUCACCCAGGGGGAGUCGCUAUUAUUCUUUUUCUGAAGCCUGUACAGCAUGGAAAGACGAUGGGAUUGUUCAUGAUAUGUUGAAUGGUAAUGAGGGUAAAAAUAUUGGAAUGCGUGUUGACCAAGAUGCUGAGUUGAACAGUGAUCUUGCUCCUUUGGAAAAGGAGGCUUAUGAAGCAUCAGGAGGAAAUGGAUCUUGGCAAUCUGUGGGUAAGGAGUUACUUUCUAGGGCUGAAUACUUUCCUAAUGCAAUAGCAGAAUAUUGUGCACUUACAUCUUUAAAAGAGAAAGAGAAAAAAAAGAAAGAAAAAAGAAGGUUCGCUGGCUCAAAGAAUCUACGCAGUACAUCUUUAAAAGCAAGGCUGCAUCUUUUGUUUCUUGGUUGGAAGUUGGAAUUUAAACCAGACAAAAAAUGUGUUAGGAAGCGUUAUAUUUCACCUGGAGGAAAAGCCUACCCAUCCCUUCAUACGGCCUGUAUAUAUUUGAAGGAACAAGAAGUGAAGGUUUGGCAUCGCGGAAAUGAUCAUGGAAGUGUAGAGGAUCACCCAGGCUGUAAAGUUGAUGGACCGCCAGUGGCAACAUUUCAUCCUGAGCCUGACUUUCUUCCACAAGACCCUCUUGGGUAUUCUAGGGUGGUGAAGAAAAUUAUGCUCCGAGAAGAGCACUCUAGCUGUUCUCCCGAGUUAUUCAGGGAUAAUCAAGACUUGAGGAAUGAUGGAUUGCACAAGGACACAGGGAGAUCCUCCACUGGAAUGGCAACUUCUGAUGGCCGAUCAGAUUCAGAUGUUCGACAGAUCCAGUUGCCUGAAAUCCAACAGCAGGGUGCAGAAGGUAGCCCUUCUCAUUUGGGUGAAAAAAAGAAGGUCCAUGACGGUUCUGAGCAGAAGGAUACCGCAGUUUUCAGACCAGAAUACUGCCCUCAAGCCGUAAUAGACUACUACAAAUGUGGAAAAGAUGGGAAAUAUAAACGAAAUACCUCAUGCAGAGAGAUUAAACAAGUUAGGUCAAAAGCAAGGAUGCACCUUUCGGCUGAAGGCUGGAAGCUUUGGUAUGUGAGAAAAGGAAAAAAGCUUGAUUUACGUUACGGUCUACCCAAUGGUGGUGGCUUUAAUUCUCUAUGGGCAGCCUGCAAGGCAUGGACAGAAAAUUUAGGGAUUGAUAAGAGUUCCGGUAUUAGUUCAAGAGGAGACGAGCUUGUCAGCAAGAAAUUUGACAGUCCGAUCAGUGAGAAAUGCAAGAAUUGUGUGAACAGUGUGACUCCUCGCCUUGAGAUUCAGAGAAAUGCACAGCUGUUACAUGGGCGGUCUUGCAAUGGUACUAGUUGGUCUUUUGGUUCGUUACUGUCAAGUGAACUUGGAUCUGGUGAGGUAAGACUCACUGGUGUUAGAAAAUGCCGGAAAAGGAGAAACUACAGUUCAUUUGCUGUUGCCUCUCAACUACUACCUCAUGAAAGAAAUGCUCAUUUGUUGUCAUGGUCACCUAUAGUUGAAAAUGUCAAACCAGAUGGAUUGUCUUCUUUGUGUGAUGAAACAGUAAAACAUUCAAGAGACAGCUCUUCUGGUUCUCGGAAGCGAAAGAAACAAAAGUCAUCUGGUGCUAGAAUUACACGAGGCGAUAAAUCAGACAGCAGAUACCUUACACAUGUGCUGCGAUCAAGCAAAAGAGCUCCACGGGCCGUAGUACCAUGUUCCAGCCAGCACAUGGUUCGAAGUGUUCUGUCUUGGCUGAUAGAUAAUGAUGUAGUAUUACCGAGGCAGAAGGUAUGUUAUAUGCAAGGAAAGGAUCGCCAUGUUGUGGCUGAAGGGCGGAUCACUCGUGAAGGAAUCAAAUGCAAGUGCUGCAAAAAGGUGUACAGUCUGACUGGUUUUGAGGUUCAUGCUGGCAGCAGUAAUCACCGGCCAUCUGCCCAUAUUUUCUUGCAAGAUGGCAGGUCCCUGUUGCAGUGUCAAAUGCAAGUGGUACGUGAUGGGAAGCUUAAGGGCUUGAGAUCAGAUCCAGAUGCACGAAUGAAGAGAGAUCGUUCUCGCUGGAGAAGUGACAAUAUUUGUUCUAUCUGUCGCUAUGGUGGUAAAUUAGUAUUAUGUGAUCACUGCCCGGCCUCAUUUCAUUUAAGCUGCAUUGAUUUAAAGGAUGUGCCUGAAGGAAAAUGGUCCUGCCCAACUUGUCGAUGUGGCAUAUGUGGCAAGAGUGAUUUCAAUGGUGACAGUGAACAGUUCACAGCGAAAACAAUUCUGUAUUGUGAUCAGUGCGAGCGUGAAUAUCAUGUUGGAUGCUUGAGAAGAAGAGGCACAGCGGGGCUAGAAACUUGUCCAGAAGGAAAUUGGUUUUGCAGCAAUAAAUGUUCAAAGAUAUUUAUGCGUAUCCAGAAACUUAUAGGAAAGUCAAAACAAACAGGCGUUGCAGGUUUAACUUGGACCCUUUUGAGACCAAGGAAAGAUGUCAGUUGUGAUCUCAAUACAUUAGAUGGUGAGGCAAUGACGGAGUAUCAUAGCAAGCUAUCUGUUGCACUUGGUGUACUGCACGAAUGUUUUAUACCUAUUACCGAACCACGCACCAAGAGAGAUCUUGUUACAGAUGUUAUUUUCAAUCAAGGGUCAGAGCUGAAGCGGCUGAACUUUCGGGGGUUCUAUACUAUGCUUUUGGAGCGCGGGGAUGAACUGAUAUCUGUGGCCACAGUCAGGAUCUUUGGUGCGAAGGUUGCAGAAAUGCCUCUAAUCGCUACCCGCGUUCAAUAUCGACAACAAGGAAUGUGCCGCCUUCUUAUGAAUGAAUUAGAGAAGAUGUUGUCUGAUUUAGGGGUGGAAAGGUUGUUCUUGCCAGCAACCCCGCAGAUGCUACCAAAAUGGGUUACUUCCUUCGGGUUUACUAAGAUGUCGGUUCCUGAGAGAUUAAAAUUUCUAGAAUACACAUUUCUAGAAUUUCAAGGCACUGUCAUGUGCCAGAAAGUCCUGAUGCCAAGUACAAUCAAAGCUGCAGAAUCAAGAUCAAGAGGCAAAAAAGAUAAAUUUCAAGAUGAGCUACGCAAAAGUAAAAAUGAAAUGGGUUGUGAUAGACACAUGGUCAUUUCUGAAGUAACCCAAACAGUGGUGCCUAUUGCAACAUUGCCCUCUAUUUCUGAAGUAAUCCAAACAGUGGUGCCUAUUGCAACAUUGCCCUCAAUGGAUGUCGAAGAGCAUCCUUUGCACGGUGAAGCCAGUAUAGGUGAAGAGAUCAUGGGCCAUUCUUCUCUGAGCAGCAAUGAUGGAUUAAGCCCUGAGGUGCUUAUUGAAGAUGCUAAACUUCUUAAGCAGAGCGAAAUGGUGAAGCAGAUAUCAAUAGAUGUCAGUGUAGAUGAGGGGAGAGGCAAACCCGGAAUCAUUGAGAUCGUUCCUACAAUCAAUUUGGUGAAACGAAGAACCGAUCCCAAAUUCAAGUUUUUUGGGGUAUGUUAUGUACGCAAAAGAAAGAUGGUUACCAUAGCAAAGUGCACAAUUAAGGGCUUCAAUGCAAGGAAACAUAAUCGGAGCUGCAUUAAUCACUUUCCCAAGUACUACAAGCGCAGGAGGAUAUUAGCUAGUGAGAGAUCAUCAAUCCAAUCGGAUGGGAGCAUUAACAUAUUAUAGAGUAAUCUACUACGCAAGGUGUACAGAUUCGUUUUGUAGAAUGGUCUUCUAGCGGGAGUUGUUUAUGGAGCUUGGUCGAUGGCCAAGAUUUUUGUAUAGACUGAGGGGUUUGGAGAUGGGAGAGUGCAAGCAUAUAUCCACGUUAUUGUGGCAUGAGAGUGCAUCUCCUCCCCUACAUGUUUUUAUUUACCUUCCAUAGGUCUUCCCCCCCCCCCCCCCCCUUACUGUAUUUGUUUCCUUGAGAAAGAAGAGAAUGGUUGAUAUGUGAGGGAAGUUUCAUGAACGAAAUCGUAAUUUAAAAGGUAAAAAAUCACAUCAUUUUAUUUUUUA